AUGUUUUUUAUAACCUUAGUAACAAUACCAGGAGGUAAGUUAUUAUAAUAAUAGUUAAAUUAAAUAUAAGUUAUCAACAUUCCUUAUAUUCCUUAUAUUUGUCAACAUAAUUUAGUUAUCUAUUAGGAUAAUGAGCAAUUUCAGUAGUAUAAAAUAAAACGAAAAAAAAAAUUAUACCAUUAUGAAUUAUAAUGAUACAUUUUAUUGAAUUACUUUGUUUACACUAGUACCUGUACUACAAUCCCUAACACGUAAGUUAUUUUUUUGAUAUUCCUUAUUCCUUAUAUUUCUCAUUAUAGUUUACAUAUCUAUUAGGAUAAUGAGCAAUUUCAGUAGUAUAAAAUAUGAUUAAUAUUAUAAAUAUAAUAUAACUUGUAUUAUACUAAUAUUUAUUGAUUAUUUAACGAAUAAACACAUUAAUAUUUAAAAAUGUGUAGUAUAAUUAUUAAUUAUUUCUGGAGUAAAAAUUAUAAUGAUAUUAAUAAUCUUUUUAGUUCUAUAUUUUUCUAGCACAAAAUUUAAUGGAUAAUUUGUAAUUUUUUUAAUAUUUACCUUUACCUUUACGAGAAGAGAACAGAAUAUUCCCGCUGUGCUUCUAUCUGUCAUAAGUUGCGACAAAUGGGCUUGCAAUAGGUCGCAAGCCAGUAUUCAAUUCUGCCAAAUAGUAUGAAGCGUUCUAAUAAAGACAUUAGUAAAUUGUUCCAUGUCGGAUAUGUGUAGGGACAAGUGACUAUGUUUGUAAACUUGCUCUGCUUACAAUUAAAGUAUGAAUUGGGGAAAAAUAGUGGUGCGUUGUUAAAAAGUCGCACGCUACCCCGUCCUACCACUCAAAAAAUGAUCCACUACUAUUCCUCGAUCAAAAUUAAAAUGGGGAAUAUUCGUCACCGGAUUGACGGGAAUCAUACAUUUCAACACCAACAUUUAUUUCAACUAAUAGUCCAUCUAAUUAUAGAAAUUUUAAUAAAGGUUAUCCUAAUUUGAAAAUAAAAUGUAAUUAAUGGAUUUUUAUCCAAAAGUAAUGCUGAAAAAAUAUAAAAAAUAUAAAAAUAUAAAAAAAUAAAUAUAUAAAUAAUAAAUAAUAUUUUAUAACAAAUUGAUCCCCUAGAAUUUAAAACAGAAUUCCCAAAAUUCGAAGAUUUCCAACGAAGGUAUACCAAUUGUAAUAUCUCCUAAUAUCAUUAAGAUAGUCAAUUUCCAUUUUUUUCUUUCUAAUAUUACUUGCACAGCAAAGGACACCAAAUAUUAGUUUCUUAGUGAAACGAAGAAGCUUAUAGUUUUACAAAGAUGUUUAUUUUUUUUUUAACUUUGUUCAACUUUUUUACCCGAAGACCUGCUCGGAUUUCUACGUGUAGCACUUUUCUAAAAGGAACUCGGUAUGGAGAGAUACUAUAGAGAGGUCAUUUUUCGAUUUUUUCAAGAUUUUUCCCAGAAAAUAUGAAAAACCUAGAUAAAACAUGGGUAAAACGAGAAAAACGCAGAAAAAUUGAAAAAAUCGGUACAAUGUUAAAUAAAUCUUAUUUAAAAAAAUAUAUAGAUCUAAUUUAAUUAUUUUAAUAUAAAAUGACAUAAAUUGUAAACAAAUCAUCAAUAUCAAAUAAACUCCGCUCAAAAUUAUUUUUUUGUAAACAAUGGUUUAUUGUUGCUUACAGGUAUACAUUAAAUCAUGUUUAAUCCUCAUUAUUCUAGGACGUCUUUUUAUAUUCGAAUUCAAUUUUGUGAUUUUCUAUAAAAACUAAAAAGAUAUUGAGGACGGGUGUGGCCAUUGUUGUAGAUAGGUUUUGGGGAAGAUGGAAUUCAUAAAGUUAUUUAAUUUAUACCUCCAAUCAACGAUAAACCAUUGAUAACAAAAAACGAUCCGGAGCGAAGUUCGAUUAAAUAAGUUUUGUAUGUUCAUAAUAUAUACGAUUUUCAUCAACAUUUGAUUUUAAAUAUAAAAAAAAAAUAAAACAUUACCUUAAAAUUUUUUUUCUUUACCACAAAGUACGACUUAUAAUAAACUUAGCAACAAAUUUUAAAGCAAAUCUGUCAAUUUUAACAAUUUAUCUGCAUACUAAAAACUCGAAAAAGUAAUAUUUUUAUCAGGAGAGCUUACCACGUCUAGAAAAGUAAAAUACUAUAAGUUUUCUCUUAAAAUUUUAAGUCGUUCGGAAUAUUUUAAACUGAAUUACAAAAACAAUAUGUAAGAUAUUAAAAUAUGUAUAUUAGUACAAUUUCCCUUUCUUAACGUAUUUUUGGCUUUGCUCAAUUAUCAAAAAUUUCUUAGAUAAUCAAAAUCUUGACUUUCUUUGUCACCAACUAAAUUAAAAAUUCAGGGAAAAAGAUCUUUUGGUGUUUUUUAUUAAAGCAAUAUUUAUGGUAGAAAAUAUAAGCCGUACAAAUUUAAAAUAAUAAAAUCGUUGUGCUGUAAUUUGAAGAAAUCGUAUAUUUCGCCUUUUUCGGUUUUCCUAAUUAUUAUGAAAAUUAUGAUAUUGUAGCAGUAUGAGUUUUAUAAGUAGCGUCCACUGUGUAUGUAUAUUAAAUUUAUAUGAAAAAAUAGUGAACGAUUUUUGUAAUACAUAUUUUAAUUAAUACAAGUGAAUUACAUCAAUUUAAUUUAUAAUGUAAUGUAAUAUUAAUAUUAUUUUUAUUAUUCUAAUAUCCAUAUUUCAGCACCGCCAGAACCAGGACGUGAGUUAUUUAUUUAAUAUUUCAAAUAGUUCUCAUAAAAAAUCUAUGUAGUAAGAAAGUAGCUACAUUGUCAUCAGCGUACAUUAGAUAAGCAAUAUUAUAACAAUUCGGACAGUCUCUUAUUACAUGGGCUUAAUAGUAGUCGUUAUUGAGAGUAUUUUAAAAAUUUAUAAAAAACAGAAAGCCAGAAUUAAUAAUUUUCGGAAUGCAAUGAAUGAAUUAAAAUCGGUUUUACACACUUAGUGGGUUUUGAUUUUCGGAUUAUAAUGAUAAAACUGUGAUAUUUAAUCUAUAAUAUUUAGGAUCUUAAAGAAAUGAAAUUUUCUCACAUAACAAAACUGUUUCCUGUAACCAACAUAAUCAUUUCACAGAUAUGAAUAUUGCAUGGAUUUUGUUUUAUAACAAAUAAUAUUUUAUUAAUUAACUAUAAUUUUAUUAUGUACACAAAUGUAUGUAUACUAAAAAAAAUGGAUUAUUUUAAUGGCAUCCAUUUGAAUAAUAUUUAUGGUUUGUAUAUCUUGUUUUUUUUAGAACCACUAGUGGAAGGUAUUGUUUUUUUUUUAAUAACAAAUAUAUUUAGUUUGUAAUAUUCCAGGACAUGUUUUAUAGUUUAAAAAAAGCAACAUAAUGAAUGGUAGACGAGUGUAAAUAAUAAUAAUUAACCAGGCAGUAAUUUGUAUUGAUUUUCUAUAACUACUUAACAGUUAGGCCCGGGUCCUUCAAAUGCCGUGACAAAAAUUCGUUUAUUUAUAAUAAUACAGUAAUUUAUCAAUUUUAUUAACCCUCGUAGAUAUUGUAUUGCUAAGCAUUUCUGAUCUUUCAAAGAAAUCGUAAGCACAUUUAACCAAAUAAAAAUAAUAAUUUAUUAAAUCUCACGCGUUAAGCUUAUUUCAAUUUUUUUCUAAAUUUAUUUAAUAAUAAUAAAAUAUCCGUAUUUGGAUAAAUCAAUUUGUCAAUGCACGGUAUUGAAUUAUAUAAUAUUGCAUAUAUUUUGUUUUUCAACAAAUAAUAUUUUACUAAUGAACAAUAAUUAUAAUUAAAUAUGUAUAAUAAAGACGUCCUAUGAUAUUGAGGAUUAGUGCAGCCACUGUUUUAGAUAAUUUAAUGUAUACCUGUAAGCAAAAAUAAACCAUUGCUUACGAAAAAACUAUUCUGAGCGGAGAUUAUUUAAUAGUGAUGCUUUGUCAUCAAUUUAUAAGUCAUUUUAUAGUGAAAUAAUUACAUAGACUUUAUAUAUUUUCUUUAAUAAUAUUUUCUUAAUGUACACAUUUUUCCAGUUUCUCUAGUUUUUCCAGGUUUUCCUAUGUUUUUUCCCGGUUUUUCAAAUUUGAUGAGAAAACUAUAAAAAAAUCGAAAAAUGACCUUCUCAAAGUACCUCUCCACGCCGAUUUGCAUUCAGAAUAUUAUUACAUGUAGAAAUCUGAGCAAGUUUCCUAGUAAAAAAGUUGCGCACAGAAAAAAAAACAUCAUUAUAUAACUUUAAGCUUCUUCAAUUCACUCAGAAUUUAAAAUGAAUUAUUUUAAUGGCAUUAAUUUUAAUUAAUAUUCAUGUUUUUAUAUGUUGUUUUUUCUAGUUAAGGAUUUUAGAGGUAUUGUUUUUUUAAUACAGUAAAUAAAUUUAGUUUAUAAUAUUGCAGGACAUAUUUUAUAGUUUUAAGAAACAAUAUAAUGAAUGAUAGACGAGUGUACAUAACAAUGAUGAACUAGGCCAUAGUUUUAAUUGAUUUUCUAUAACUACAUAAUAGUCAAGCCUGGGUCAUUCAAAUUUCAUGACAAAUUUACGUUUAUUUAUAAAACAGUAGUUUUAUUAAUGUAAAUAACCCUCGUACAUAUUACAUUGCCAAUGAUUUCCGAAAAAAUGAAUCUGUAUUUAACCAGGCAAAAAUAAUAUAUGUUUUUUUAAUUUCACGCGUAAUACGUAAUGUUUUAGUUGUUUUCUGAAUUUAUUUAAUCACACCGCAAUAUCUGUACUGUGUUUAAACAUUUAUCAAUNAAAUAUUAAUAAAACCAUUUGUGAACUUCAACACACUUGUACAUCUUCCCGUCAAAAGGUUAUUUCCGAACGACCCGUAAUACAAUAGAUAUUAUAUUGAGUUAUUUUACUUUCACAAUUAAACAUUCAUUGUUCGAUGUGUUGCCUCAAAUAGAUAUUCAUUUAGAAUAUUUUCAAUAUUACCCAUUGGAUGUGCGAGUGCUAAAAAUAUGCGAUUGUACUAAGAAGAUUAAAACAUAAUCUUCAUUCAACUUUGGUUCAAAAUCGAACAAGCAAUUUAGCUUUACUUAACAUGAAGUAUGAAGCUGUAUGAACGAUCUUAUCAACAAUUUUUGCAAAGCUAUGUUUGUAAAAAUUCUUAACUAUUAUUUUAUAUACUUACCAUUAAUUUUGUUGUAUUUGUAAAAAUGGUGUAUUUUUUUUUUUAAUAAAAUAAUUUGUAAUUAAAAAUCAAUAUGGGCCGGUUAUCUUUUAUCGCAAGUGAGCGGUUUGUAAAUUUGGGGUAUGUUCAUUAUACAUUUUGUACGAUGCUCUUCUUAUGAAUUUGCCGACUUUAUUUGAACCUAUAAAUCCGCCACUGAUAUUCGUCGUAUGAUGAUUGAAAAUAAUUUAUAUAAUGUAUAUAUUUAUGAAGCUUAAAACUUAUGAGUGUCUUAAGGCACUUUGAUGCAAUAUAAGAGGAAAUGUUCAGCGUAGACGUCAGAGUAGUAAUUAAAUCUUUAACAGAAGUAUCUGAUAACAAGGAAGAUUCAGAAUUGUAUACGAAUACUCAAUGUUAGAGUGCCUUUUACUAAAUGACAUAGACUUGCAUUUGUUGAUAUUUUUCAAAUAUAUAUAUAACAGAAUAAUGAACGUUUUCUGUAAUAUAUAUUACUACCCUCGAAUUUUAUAAUCUUAAAUUUUAAUUAUACUUAUUAUUAAUAUUCAUUUUUUUUUUACUUUUGUACCAGUACCAAGAAGUGCAGCAGGUAAAUACUAAUAUCAAAAAUAUAAAACAAAAUUUUAAAAUAUAAGUUAAAUAAAAUUAAAAUGGAUAAUAAUUUAGGUAUAUUGAAUAUAUAUUUCAAAUGAAUAUAUUUAAAAUGCAUAUCCAAAGUAUUCUAUUUAAUAAUGAUAAUAAGAAUAAGGAAUUCACAAAGAAUGAUUUUAUUUUACCAAAUAAUUUCUAUUGGCAAAUAGCAUGCGUUAGAUGCAUUAUAUUUUUCUUGUUUGAUUUUCAAAAAUUAACAAUGACAUUUAAUUACUCUAUUAUAUAUGUAUUUUCCCACAAAUUUGAGAUAAAAUGCAAUUCAUAUCAAAUAUUCGCUGACGCGCAUAUCGUUGAAAACACCGUGUGAAUGAAUAAAUUAUAAUUACCUAUGUAAUAUUAUAGCGUUUAAAUGCCAAAAAUUAAACAGGGGCGUUCAAAAGGGCUAUUCUGUUAAUAUCAAAUAACAUUUUUCAAUGUUAAAACGUCUAUAAACGUUAAUGUUCAGUUGAAUUUGAAAGGUUCUUAAAAUAAUGUUUAAUAGUACUAAAUUAAGUGUUUUUUUUUUUUAAACGUUUACAUUAAAAAAAAUUCUUAGUGUUAUACAAACACUUAAUUUAUAUUAGAUUAUAAAUAUUAAAAAGUCAAUUUAUAUUAAAUGCUGUAUAAACUUAUAAUUAUUAUCAUUUAAAUAGAGUGUCAUAAAUAAUGCUUAAUUAGCCAAAAUUUAUAAGUAAUAGGUUACUUAGUUGACAUUUUUCACACAUUAAAUUAGAAUUGCAUUGUUAAUGUAUUAAUUUAAGUCCAGUGGCGGCUUAAUAGAUUUCAAGAUUAGGUGCAGAAUUUUACGGGGCUUCAUAUUUAUUUAUGUAAUUAAAUAUUUGUUUAUUUUAUUUUCUAACGGACUUACUUUAUUUUCAUACAAUUUUAGAAACUUGAAGGUCUUGUUUAAAUUUGUGUACCUAAAUGUAAACUAAUAAAAUCAAAUGUGUAUUUUUAUAUUAGUAAUAACAUGAGUAGGUACCUAUUGGAGUACAAACAAUAUUUUUAUAUUUAUUUAAAUAUUUUAGUAUGUAUAAAUUAAUUAUUUUAUCAGGUUUGUACAGUUGGUACUAUCUUGAUUUUCGUCAAUGAUAACACGUGUCCUAAGAAAACCACACGGUCACACGGCACAAAUUUCCUUUCAUAUUAUCUCGAGCCUCGUACACAUGUGCGAGCCAGGCCUACCGCAAGCCGCUCGCGAAGGGCUCGUGUCAUAUUCGUUAUGCCACGCACACACUUACGAGCCGCUCGCGAACCAAUACUGACAACGAACCAACAACGAACGCAUACCGAAGUACCGGCAGUAUUUUUUGUCUACUAGUAACUAAUGUCUUCUGAAGAUUAUGCGAUGCUGGUAAUGAGUAGUGCGACUAUAUUGAUGGCCUAUUUGGAAGAAAAACAAAAAAAAAGGCGAAAACAAUGACGUUGGUGACAGAAUGAUUUGUACAAAAAAAAGAAUGGUUAUUAUUGGAUUUAAAGUUACAGCAAAUAAGCGGUCAGUACAAAGAUUUUACUAGAAUGUCACCAACUGAUUUUGAGAAUCUGAACAAAAGAAACAAAAAAUUGAACCCAGAGUUUCUAAGCAAGAUACAAAUUUUCGCUCUCCAAUUUCGGCUCAAGACAGGUAGACAGGUGAUUUCCCUCUAUGCAUGCUCCUUAAAAUGUUUUUUAAAAUGAUCCUUAUGAUUAGGAGCCCACAGUAGUUUUUUUUUGUAGAUAUCAAUAAGACGAAUUGUGUCUUCCUCUAACCACUCCAUAAUAAAAAUAACUGUGUUUAUCGUUUAAAAUAAUAGCAUUAAAACGACGAAAACUGACGAACCUGUCAACAUGCCUACCGAACUUACACUCGCGUUAUGCUCGUCAAAAACUGACUAUCGAUGGGUAGGCGCAAGCGGUUCGCGAGCGGCUCGACACGCCGUCAAAGUUAUUGUUGCAAUCGGUUUGCAAGUGACUUGUGGUAGGCUCAACUCGCACAUGUAUACACGGCUUUACAUAUACUUAUUAUCUAUACUUAUCAUAUUAAUAUCUCUAAAAUCUAAAUGAUUAUAUUACAAUUCAAAAUUAAUUCUAUGUUUCUAUAUAAUAUUCAACCUUAGACGCAUUUAAUGAUAAUAAUAUAUAAGAUAUAUUUUUUCUACUAUCAGGUAUGUCCCAAUAUAUGCCCGCAGCUGCAUAAACAAUCUAUAUAAUUAUAGCAAUAUUAGUUUUCCAAGAAUAGACACAACCGUUACUAACACCCGAUUGAUUAUACAUCUUAGAAGUCGCCAAAUCGGAAAAAUGUAUUAAUAUAAAUAAAUAUUAUUACGAUUAAAUGCACGCCACGAACACUACAACGGAUCCAACGAGAUUUACUUAUCAUAUCCAUACAUGAAAUAACAUACACCAAAAAAACAUAAGUAUAAUUUGUUAUUAUAUUAAUCCUUUAGACAAGGGUUUAUUCAAUCUAAUUGUUGGGUUCAAAUUAGUUCUAUGCUAAGUUCAAUAAACAUUCAUAGUUCAAUCAAACCUCAACAUAAUUUAAUUAUGAACAUUGAAAGUAAAACAUUAAUUAAAUGUUAUGUCAAAAUUCGCUUGUUAUGUGGGUAAAACUACGUCAUGUACAUGCUCACUUGGCUUACUUAAUUGACAUACUGCUAUUUUACUAGUGAAACCACGGUCAAGAGACCCGGCUGGGAUUAAUUUCUUGGUUGUAUAUCCGUGGUUUACUGAGGGGCCCGGGAGAGCUGCUUUAUCCCUAAAGCUUGCUAGAUUGCACAGGCCUUUUUUUGGCGCUGGAUACCAGUAGCGUUGCUGAUUUCUCUGCGACAUUGUGUAAUUUUUCGCUGGGCGAGCGAGUGUCCGUACUUUCUCACUGAGGUUGUAUCCGGCGAGAGAUCGAGACUACAGGCUCGCCUCUCCACGUAGUCGUUCGGAGGUUCUUUUCGCGGUCUGAUCGUUGGGUCACACCGUUCCGGACGGCCAACUUACCUCUGGCAACGCAUAUUGUGUUAUCAAGCGCGUAUUAGGAGAGACCUGACUGCCACCGAUUAUUCCGUCGAUGGUGGUUGGGUAUUAAAAUAUGUCCAACUUUUGACAUCUAUGAAAAAUAGUCCGGGUGGUUUUCGAGCCCCGGUGUCGACCCUGUCCGGCGCCCAACAGAGGACCUGGUGCCGGACUCGCACACGGUGAAUGAAGUUGGAUUCGGAAGGAUUUAUGAGUUUUGUUGUGUAGUGGUUAAAUAGCCAGAAGCCGUUGGUGACUGAACCUGUGAGCAGACUGUCAGUGAAUUAGGUAGCAGGUGCUCAGACAACACUUUGAUGUGUUGAAAUGCAUCCGUGGUUCGCCCUGAACUUCCGUGGCUCGUGAGUAACUAUUAUAGCUAAUAGACUGUCCACGGAUUUACCGUGCUUUUAGGACGGUUUAAAAAUUUGUUGUACUUCUAUUCCACUAUAAUUUUCACUUGGCGUAUUUUGCGUAUUAUUGCGUACUCGGCUUUCUUAAAAUAUGUCACUUACGAUAUGUCUGGAGGUAAUACAUUUGUCUUAUUUGUCGUUUUUUCUUGAAUAUUUUUGAUUUAAUUAUCUUGCAAAGUGGUUAUCAUUAACUGUUAUUGUCAUUAUUAUUAUUAUUAUUAUGAUUUUUUGGAUUCUGAGUGUAGCGAAUAUAUUGAUUUUACUUAGAUGUUUAUUUUUCUUUUUCUCUUUUCUUUUUUUAUACUGUGUACAAAAAUUCUGCUAGAAAUAUUGCUCAGAUAUAUACGCGUGGCACUAUUUCUGAAAAGGAAUUUUAUCCAGAUGGUACCUUUUAGAGGUUUUUUUUUGAUUUUCCAAGCGAUUUUCAUAAUAUCUGGGAAAAACCAGGAUAAAGCAUAAGAAAAACGAUAAAUGUACGAAAUUAUUACUUUUAUUAUUUAAUCAAUUUUGUGAUUUGUUGUAAUUCAGUUAAAAAUACUUAUUGAGACUUGUAUUUUAGACAAAAAACUUAAACUUGUCUUUUCUAGACGUGGUCGAAUAUUCAAAAUAUUUAAGUUUUUUUUAAAGUAUUUAUAGGCAUUUUAAUUUUGAGAGUUUUAUACGUAAUGAUUAUUCGAUAGGUACUUAGUGGUAAAAUUGUUAAAUUCGAAAAGAAAUGAUUUACAAUUUAACAAGUUUAUUAACAGUCAUACUUUGUAGCCAAAAAAAAAAUCUGAUUUUAAUGUAGUAUUUUUUUUUUAACCUAACCUUGACCAUUUAAGAAUGAUCGUAAUAUGAAAUUAUAGCUUUUUAAAGUUUUGAUACUAAGCGGAUAUUACAUGUUUUGUUAAUAACUCUAUAUUGUCCUUUUUAAAGCAUAUAUGUCGUGAUUUACUGGUUAUUUAUGCCUUUUAUCAUUUCAGAGAAUCCGAGUUCAAACUAGUGUUUUUUUACUUAAACAAGGAAAAAAUAAAUGCAUUUUGGAUGUACCUAGAGACCCAAGCCAUCGAUCCCUCGAACUAUUUUAAUCGCAAAAUAACCCUCGAUUUGUUGUACAAAUUUUCUACCAGAAAUAUUGCUCCCAUGUAUUAAGUGUAGCUUAUUUUUUGACAGAAAAUUUUAACUCCAUAGUAAUUUAAAGAAAUCUUUUUUUGAUUUUUCAAGUGGUUUUUAUAAUAUCUGGGAAAAAUCGUUAAAAUCGGAAAAAAAACCGGAAAAUAUACAAAAUAUAUUUCUUUUCUUUUCAGUUAACAAAAUUUCCACCAGCAAUUUUGCUCCGAUUUACAAUCAUAGCACUUUUUCUGAAAGAAAAUCUGACUAAAAAGUUGAUUUUUUGCAACAGCUCAAAUUAUUGAUAAAGAUGCCCAUCUCGAUGUUUGAAUAAUAACAAUGAAAUAACUGAUAAUACAUAGGAAAACUAGUAAACAUUUUUUUUUUGGACAAAAUUUGUGUUAUAAUAUUUUUACAUAAUAACUGUAAAAACUACGUUCCACAUGAUUCAUGAUUCGACUGCACUGGACAAUUUUUCGGGCAAUAUAACCUGUCCACUUAAGGUGCAACGGUGCAGUAAGAUAGGAAACUCUAUUAUACACACAUGAUAAUAAACUUUUUAUUUUCUCACGUAUUCAAUCAUUGACCGUGCAAUAAGUGUGUUACAAUUAUGUCGUUAUUUUUAUAGCUGGCCAAUAUCCAUCAUGUUUAAUGCCGUAAACAUGUAUAACAUGUGGAGUAAUGUUAUAGCAUAACGAUGAUACACUUAAAUUAUGUUUGGUGUCCAAAAAUUGAGCAUAUUUUUUCUGUAGAAACUAAAUAAAAUUACUUUAAAAAAAAAGUAUAUCUAAUAAUACAAAAUCAAUAUAAUCUUGCACAAAUUGCUUAAAUUCCAAACAAAAAAUUUUUAAAUUCAAAACAAAAGAAAUUAUAUCACAAAAUAAAAAUUGUAAUAAUCAAAAUUCUGAAGGUCUUUUGAAAUCAGUUUCUAUUAUAAGUUUACAAUUUGAUAAUUUUACUGAUUUUACCGAGACAAUCGAAAGUAUUAUAAAUGAACUUAAAUUAGUAGUUAUAUUUAUUAAACUCGAAAAUUAAAAAUUAGUAUCCAAAUAGUAUAGAUUUAUUCUUUCAACGGGGUAGUAAAACGUCUCAUGAAAAGCAUGUCUUAGGCCUCUUCUCGGACCCUGAUUUGACUUCUUUUUUGGUUUUUAUUUUGUCAGUUUUCGGUAUUUUUUAAUUCAUAUACUUAUAAGUUUUUAUGUUUCAAAUAUAAUAUUAACAUUUUUUAUUUAGUUAUUUCGUAAUAACUUAGUUUAUUAAAUUGUAUUUUUUCCAUGGCAUAGGUAAAUUAUUUUCAAGUUUUUUAGUCGAGCUUCAGUUAUCAAAUUCAUGACUUGCAUUUAUCCGUUAAAUAAAAAUCAUUUUAAUCUAAUAUAACACAAAGGACAGUGAAAGACAUUGUACCAAUUUACUAUCGUGACAUAGUCAUCUCUGAGUAUAUUCGGUAUAAGCAAAGAGAAAAGUAGAAAUAACAUUCAGCUAAAUUAGAACGUAAAAUAAAUCGUCAUAGACAGAAUUGUUUGAAAUAUUAUCCUAUACAAUUUUGAUCCAUUGAGAAUGGUAACAAAUCGAACAGGGACGUUCGUUAAGUUUAGAUUUUGAUGCAUGCGAAAAUCAGGAAAUGUAUCUGUUGUCGAAUUAAAUGUUGAAUCACCAGUUAACCAAUUAACUACUGAUAAUAGGAUACUUGGUUAUCUUGCUCUAAAAUGUAACAUUCACGUCAGUUCGAUCGGUGAGGAUGUGGAUUAUGACGGUGAGGAUGUGGAUUAUGACGGUGACUAUGAUAUAAACUGCAAAGAAAUUAGUUAUUUAUGAAUAAUUUAUAAUCUAUUAUUUAAAUAAAAUAAUUAACAAGAAAAAUGUAUAAUAUUCCUAUCAUAACUCUGGUCAUUCAAUAAGGUUGUGUGGAUCAGCUCUGUCGUGAUCUUUACAUUCCUCGAUGUUCGACCUACACCGUUAAACAUCGAAGAAAGCUGACCAUUGGCCGCUUAGUAUAAAACAAUCUCCGUUGAAUACAAUUAUUUUAACACCAACAACAAAGCUCAUGUUUAAUAUCGUAUAAUAUGGACUAGCCAUAUGAAAUAAAAUAGCACUCAGAUAUUUAUUGCAGAAUAAUAAACAUUUUCUGUAUAAUAUACUAUUUAUUCUCUUGAAUUUUUUAGUACAACAUUUAAAUAAUAGUUAUUAUUAAUAUUAUUUUUUUUAAAAAACUAGGAUCAUUAUCUCAAAAACCAUCACGUAAGUUAUAUUUUAAAUAUUUCAUAUAGUCUAGCGAAUACUAAAUUGUAUUGCUCUCUACUCCUCCCUGAUCCCAGCUAACCUCUCCACUUAAGUGUAACUAUCUCCUUCUAAGGACGUCAGUUAUAUAAUAUUAUGUUUGUAUGCGAUUUAUUAAAUUAUAAUAUUUAUGUCCUGAGCUUUUAGUUCACAUCAAUUUCCGUAUUCCCUCUUACUAUUCGAGAUAACAUGUUCUUUUUGCCAUUCCAUACUUUAAGUACAAAUGAGGUAAAGACUACUUCUUUGUUAGAGCCCUGAAACUAGCUAAUUCAGUUUCCACCGCUUUAGAUUUCUUUGGUACAACUCGAUUUAUAUUUAGAUUUAAGUCCAUUUUAUUUUUAAAAAAAGUAAAAUAAAAUUAAUUAUUCCUAGCACAUCAAUUAUUUCUUUAAUAUUUUCUUAUAUAUAUUUCUUUGUGUUUUUGUUUGUUUUGCUUGUUUCUUGUUGAAGAUUAAUUUCUAACUAUCAACUAUAAGUUUAUAAGCUUAUAUACUUUCUUAAACUAUUUGUAUACAUAAUAUUUUUCUCUUUUUUUGUAUUUUUUUUUUUUUUGUACAAAAUUGGUCAACAUACUACACACGAUAUUGUAAAAAGGUUAGCCUCAUUGAAUUCUAAAAAAAUAAUUAAAUAACCGGUGAUACGGUUAUUAUAGCGUGUAACAAAAAAAUGCAAUAAUAUUAUUCGAAACCUUACAAUUAGCAUUCAAGAAAUAAACUUUAAAUCUUGAUUAAAAAAUUGAGGCCAAAGGACUUUUAUUGAUUAUCGUUAAAUAUUUUAGUUUAAUGUUUUUAUUUAUACACUUUUAACAUUAAGUAUUUAUUUUUGUAGUUAUUGCUUAUACCUAUAACAUAGCCGCCCGAAAUCCUGUUGCGGGUGUAGAUGCAUGGAACCCUCACCGACUACCUCUUCAUUGACCUAUAUUUUCUCCCACUCCCUUUUUUCAACAUUUUUUUUUUUAAAGUAUUUUUUCCCAUAUUAUUAUUAUUGACUACUUACUCGAAUUACUUAUUUUGUUUUUUUCUUGAUUUUUUAAAAAUGUUUUAAGCCCAUUUUUGAAAAAGAUUUUUUUGUUAUUGACCAUCGACCUUUAACGGGACGUGCGACAAGGCCAGCACGUUAUUAUACUUAAAUAUACAAAACAGAGAUAAGCUGGUACAGAAUUGACUAAAGUUAGAUUUUCGCGCAAUACAUAUAUACAAAUGAAAAUAGUAACAAAAGGAAAAUAAAAACAGUAUAAUCGGAAACUUGAUCACACGGGUGUACAUAAACAAAUGGUUGCUAACCUAUAAAUUGAUACAAAAAAAAACAUGUUAUACAAAGCUAUUAGGAAUAGUUAUAGUUAUAGUUUAUAGUUAUUAUUAUUAUUUUUUUUUUUAACCUAGGAUAUUCAUCUCGAAGAUCAUCACGUAAGUUAUAUUUUAAAUAUUUCAUAUAGUCAUACAGUUUGGUAUCAACUGUAUUGAACUAUUUUCUUCUUCUUUUUGUAUUCAACUCAUAUGGUUGGUUUUGCAGUUAGGCAUGCGCUCUCAACUCCUCCCUGUUCCCAGCUAACCUCUUACCUUCAGUUUAAUUUACUCCUUCUAAUACGUCAGUUAUAUGAUCCUAUGGUCGUAUACGAUUUAUAAAAUUACAAUAUUGUAUCUCCACUAGAUAUCAUAUCAUGAUCAGAAUUAGUUUUGUCAGUAAUCAAAUAAAAUUCGUUUUGAACCUCAAUAAUACUAAUCAUGUAUGAGUAUAAUAUAUAUUAUAAAUAUGAUUAAAUUAUAUGAAUUGUGAAUACAAUAGAUUCAACUUAAUGUGGGUAUGUUAGGAACAUAUACAUUUUUCGACAUCCAGGCAGUUGCCCAUUUUAACCGAAAUGAGUAUCAUAUAUAUUAGAAUCGGAAUCAGACUAUUAUACCCAUAUUAGGUAGCUGUCCGCAUUAACCCGUAGCCACAUUAAACGGAGUCCACUGUAUUCCUUUAAUUAUUUUGUGUAGGUGAACUAAUAAACGAUGCGUCAGGAA